AUGAAGUGCCUGACGUGUGUGCUGCUUUCUAUAGCUCUGAUUCCGGUUCUGAUUAGCGGCCUCCCGAAUCCGAAUCCCCAACCCAGUACCGUGGUGGUGAAUGGCGUGUGUCUGACUUGUCCCAAUCCUCAUGGAGACCCUGUCUACUUGGAUGGCCAGGAGUACCGCAGCUUCUCUUCGCCAAAUAGCAAUGGAAACGUGGUCAUCUCCCGUGGAAGUGGAUAUGGAAGGGGGCGCGGCACUAUCAUCCAACGCGGGGGCAACACCAUUGUAAAUGGACGGUGUGAGGAGUGCAAUGUGGACAUUUAAGUACAAAGCUGCCAUAUUAAAGUCUGAAAAGCCUGGAUUAUGAACUCAA